AUGUCUUUCUAUCCCUUUGGCGGCGGCGGCGGUUCACAACAAACAAUAAAUCAACAAAAUGUUGCGUUGGCUGAACAAGAGCUAGAAAUGAUUACUGACACAUUUUAUCGGAUUGUAAAUUCAUGUUACCAAAAAUGCAUUCCACCGAAAUAUCUCGAAGGCGAACUGAACAAAGGGGAAUCCGUUUGCAUUGAUCGUUGUGUUUCAAAAUUUUUUGAAGUCAAUCAAAAAAUUGGCGAAGCACUCCAAAAGAAGGGACAACAAACUGUCGGUGGUGCCGCGGGAUUUCAAUAA